AUGGACGAGUACGACUCGGGAGACGAUCUAUUUGCAGACGUCAACACUGACGCGCUUGUGCACUCUAAUAAGAGACCCGGCUCUACGGACGCAAAAUGCAGUGGCGAAGAGGCGAAUUCUAGCAAACGGGUCAAGAUUGAGCACGCGAUAAAUGACGCCAAUCUUGCAGCCAUUGCACGGAAAAUCCUACGUGACAGGUUCGGGCUUGACGCCUUUCGCCAUGAACAGGAGAAGGCCAUCCAAUCCAUACUGAGAGGUCAGAAUACUCUUGUCAUUUUCCCCACUGGAGCCGGCAAGUCGCUUUGCUACCAGAUUCCUGCAUUGGCAUUCGAACAUAUCGACGAGGACAAUCUAAUCAUGAGACCAGAAGGACCUGGUAUCACCCUCGUGGUUUCACCCCUGAUUGCCUUGAUGAAGGACCAGACAGAUGCGCUAAAGCGGAGAGGAAUUCCUGCUGAAUGUUCAGACUCGACGAAAACCUACGAGCAGCAGCAACAAAUCAGCGGAGACAUCCGAGCAGGUCGACUGAGACUUCUUUAUUGCUCACCAGAGAAGCUCAACAACGAAGGCUUCGUCGAGAGCAUGAAAUAUGUGCCUGGAGGGGUAAGACUCCUCGCCAUAGACGAGGCUCACUGUAUUUCCGAAUGGGGUCACUCCUUUCGACCUGACUACCUAAUGGUGGCCAGAUUCGCCGAGGAGAUCAAGGCAGAGAAGGUCAUCUGCCUGACUGCUACUGCCACGCCGAGGGUUGCAGAUGAUGUUUGCAAAGCAUUCAAGGUGGAUGAGUCGAAUGUGUUCCGUACUUCGCCUUAUAGACCCAACCUCCUUCUGGAGGCGCAGGCAACGAAAACGAAACAGGACAAAUACCCACUGCUGUUCAAAUUCUUGGAAGAAAACCCUGGGUCUACCCUUGUCUACGUUACGCUCCAGAAGCAGGCGGAAGCGCUUGCUCAAGACUUGAAGGAACAAGGCUUCGAUGCAACACAUUUCCAUGCGGGUAUGAAAGUUGCUGAAAAAAUGGCUAUUCAAGACCGAUUCAUGUCAUCUAAGGUGCGUAUUGUCGUCGCUACGAUAGCAUUCGGAAUGGGGAUCGACAAGUCGGAUAUUCGAAAUAUUGUUCAUUGGGAUUUAUCAAGUACCGUGGAAGAGUACAGCCAGCAGAUUGGACGUGCUGGGCGAGAUGGACUCCCUAGCCACUGCAUGCUAUACAUGUGCCACGAGGACUUCUACAUCCGGGAGAAUUUCGCACGUGGCGACCUGCCGUCGCGGCAGUCUCUACGGGGACUACUUCGCGACAUCUUCCGACGGAAGGUCAUCUCAGCAGCAGAAGGCAACAUUUUGAAGCUUAGUCACUAUGGACUUUCUGAUACUUAUGACAUCAGGGCCGCCCCCCUAACCAUAAUCCUCGCCACCUUGGAAUUGAGAUAUGGCCUCAUGCGGGCAAUCGCCCCCGAGUACAGCAAAUACGAGUUUGAGGAUAUGGGGGGUUAUAGCACGGUUGCGCGACGCGAUCGCUCUCGGGAAGCCCAGGCGAUUUUCAAGCAUGCCAAUAAGAUCAAUAAGUGGUACCGUGUCGACGUUAUAGCGAUGCUGGCUGAGACUGGUCUACUGCGUGCGGAUGUGAUCAGGUUGCUCCACAAAUGGAAUGACACCGGCAUUAUCUUGCUUAAAACGGCUGGUGUCGAACACAGAUACAGGAUUCUCCGACCACUGCCGAGAACUGAUGCGCAGAUUGAGAGAAUCGUGGAAAGCCUCCACGCUGAUAUGGAGGCCCGCGAAGAAGACGCCCUGGCCCGUACACAGCAUGUUGCACACUUGAUUACCGCCAGCAAGUGUUACUCCUUGGCUUUGGCAGAACAUUUCGGCAUGGGACUCCCAGAUGGCAAGCGGGCCUGUGGUCAUUGCACAUACUGUCUUACCAAGCAACCGGUGGUCCUGCCUCCCAACCCCCCUGUGGCCGUCGACCUUGCUGGCAUCAAGAACGUCCUGCAAUCUUGCCGUGUGCGCGACGAUCCGAGGUUCCUCGCUAGAGUUGCCUUCGGAAUCAAAAGCCCCAGAAUUAUUCAACUCAAGCUGGACAAAUACCCCGUAUUCGGCUCCCUGGCAGACCACGAGUUCAAGGUGAGAAUCCACGUUGUAUAUCACUGA